AUGAACUCGACAGAGAAUAGAACACCAAAGAGAAAAGUAGAAGGUUCAAAGAAAAACAAGACAUUCACAUAUUUUCUGAAGGAUUCUAGUGGUACAACAAGACGUGUCUGUAAAAUAUUUUUCCUAACAACAUUGGGAUAUAAAAAAACGAAUGACUGGAUAAUCCAUUCGGUGUGGGCAAAUGCUAAUAGCAAAAAUCAGUUACAAAAUGAUUUAGACCGCCGAGGUAGGCAUCCUCCUCCAAACAAGUUGUCUAAUAAGAUUAUAGAAAGCCAUAUUGACUCAUUUAAUCCAUCUGUAUCUCACUAUAGAAGAGUCCAUGCUCCUAAUCGUCUAUAUUUGCCGAGUGACUUGAAUGUCACCCUUAUGUUUGAAGACUUUAAAAAAAGAUAUCCCGAUUACAUUUGCUCCUAUGAAAAAUAUAGAAAAAUCCUCAAGGCGAAAAAUAUAUCGUUCGCAAAAUUAGGAAAUGAGGAAUGUGAACUCUGUGAGUCGUACCAUAUGCAUAAUUCCGAACAUAAAGCUGAGUCCUUAAGUGAUGAUUGCGAGGUAUGCUGCAGCUGGAAGGAUCACAUUAUGAAAGCAAAAGAAUCUCGUGAGUGA